GGGAAUGAGAUUAAAAGACAGUUUCGUUAGUUUUUUUGUGCGGGUGAGCUGUGAAGUAAUUAAGAAAGUGUUCCAGAAAGUGAAUUGUGCAGAAUAAACGAAAGACAGAUACCCUAAUCCUGCUGUGAAACACAAAAGACGGUGUUAGACAAUAAUUAAUCAAGUGUGUUAGGUGGGACAUAAAACACAGAAGCAUAAAAUUGCCUGUAAACUUUACGUUGAAUGACAGACAAACGAGUGACACAAGGAAGGCAAUCAGUUCAAUAAUUUCAACGAAACAGAGAAAUCCACUACAAAACUUAGGUACAUAUGUAUUUCUAUUCUCAAGAAUUCCAACAUUCCGAAAUACGUCGUACUUUGUGAACUCAUAUUACAAGACAGCAAACGUAUAUCAAAUCUCUUAUAUUUAUUAUUAGAACCUAUUUUAAAGUUUGUGAACACGAUGAAGUUUACAACUGUGGCUGAGCGUUGGAUAUUUUUCAGCUUUCCAUGUCUCCUUCUGACAGCAUUCGCCUCAGAAAAGCAGGAUGUGGGAGAUAAUCAGAGAUCCUGGCAGGGAAAAUCUGUUCCAAGUGAUUUUACAGAAUCCCAUUUCCAGCCAGCACUGGUACAGUUACAGGGAAAUCCUGAUCUUCAUCCCCGUGUCCGUAUGAAAGUCAUAACGCCUUCUCAUGUGCAUAACCUUGACCUUACAAGAGCUUCACGUGUGCUUCAUGAAUCGGUCAGGGUAAUUUCUGUAGAGCCGGGUGAUGAGGAGGAAGAAGAGUUCAGAAUAAGCGAAAUUGACCCUGACCUGCAUCUUCUAGAUGGAAACUUUUUCGAGAACCACUCCACAGGAACUAUCCUGAGCAUCCACAAACGUCCUGACGGCAAAUACCACGUGGAAGGUCACUUGAGUCACAGCCUCGUCAUAGCCCCACCAGGCUCUGGCACCAGGCACAAACGGUCUACCGGUGACCACAAGGGUCAUUUUGUCUACACGACUGGGGCCGAGGAUUAUGACAGAGACUUGUCGGGUGGUGAGGCUAUCAUCAAUGUUCUCAACAGGUAG